AUGAACGAGUGGAUGAUAUCUGGAUAUAAGGUUCGUUUUAAAUCCCACGAAGGCGAUGUUUAUGGUCGUUUGUACGACAUACUAACUUGGCUUGUACAAGUACAUUUAGAUGCUUUGUGUCUGUUUGGCUCGAUCUUGUUAACCCUUCAAGUUACAUGGAAGAAAUUUUUUUGUACUACGCAACAAGAAGUGAUUAACAGAGAUGAAUUUCUGCCUGCUCACGACUUUGAAAAUCGCUCGUUCACCGUUAGCGAGUUACAGCAAUACGACGGUAUCCAAGAUCAGAGGAUAUAUUUUGCGGUUAACGGCAAAGUGUUUGAUGCCACAUACACAAAGGACAUUCAGUAUUUUAUGGAUGGACCGUUCACUCAUCUUGCUGGUCGAGAUGCCAGCCGGGCUUUAGCAACCUUUUCUCUCAAUGAAAAGUUAACGAACAAAUCCGAAAUUGACGACUUGUCAGAUCUCAAUCCACUUCAAAUGGACAGCCUCUUUCACUGGGAAAUGCAGUGUGUAGAGAGAUAUCCCUGUGUGGGAAGACUUGUCAGAAGUCAUCAGCCACGUGCUCUUCAAAAUGCUUGCAUAAGAACAAUACGCGGUUGUAUGGGUGAACUGGGAGGUACUGCGAGAAAUAAGGCAGUUGAUGAACUUCCAUUACCGAGACCUAUCAAAAAUCAAAUUAUAUCUAUGAGAUAA